AGGCGUUAAAAUCUCAGCGCAAUAAUCAAGGAAAGAGAUCGGUUGAGAGUAAAAUUCGGAAGGUUUCCAAGCCUGCCCCUGCAUGCACGCGGUGGAGUAUCCCGCAGACUAUCUCGACUCCUCGUUUCUCGCAAACCGACGCCGCCAUCGCUCUGUGUCCUCCCUCGUUCUUCUCCCCCGCGCAUGCGCCCUCAAUGGAGUGGAGGAUCCAGGGUAACCGAUUCUGCCCAAUCGGAGGGGAAAAGGGUCAUCAAGGAUUGGGGAAGACUCCAUUGCCACGGAUCACUCUGAAAUCAGACGGUGAAGAUGAAGUUGAGAGGCUAAGAUGGGGCAGAGAUUGUUUCAAUUCCGAAAAUUCGAGCUCCUAUAAGAGCUUCGCGCCAUGGAUGCCCAGUUCGUCAUCUUCUCCCUCUGGUUCUUCCUCUUGUUCUCCCUGUGUUCAUCGUCAUGGCACAUCUUGAUUUGAAUAAACCAAUCAACUGGGAUGAACUGGAAGAUUUCGAUGGGGAAGCUCGGGAACUUGCUGGUGAUUUUUUCUUUGAGGUGGAAAGCGAUGGAGAUGACAGUAGCGAUGAUGAACAGGCACGAAGUAUGAUGGACAUGCAGGUGAAUCGAGCAGGAUGUACUCUCAGCCUAACCCGCCUCCGUUCUGCCCAGAGAUGGAACACGGGCGAAUCGAGCACUGCCGGAGCAGGCCGUCGCCCGCAGUUUGUGGGCGAGACGAGCACAGGCGGAGCUGGCCGUCGGCCGCAGUUUGUGGGCGAGUCAAGCCACGUGGGAUCUGGUCGUCGCCAAGACGAAGACGGCGGAGCUGGCCGUGGGCAAGACGAAGACGGCGGAGCUGGCCGUGGCCAAGACGAAGACGACGGUGGCAAUGAGCUCGUUCGAUACCCUCUUUUCGACGGUGUCUUCAUGUUCACCAGUAAGCCCAUCGGCGGACGAGGCCGUCUUGGCCUAUCCGGCCGUGGCCGAGGUAGCUGUCCGCCUUUUAGAGGAGGUGCGGCUGCUGGACGUGGAGACGCAGGGCGUGGUGCUCGCGGACGAGGAGCAGCUGCAGGCCGAGGUGGUCGCGGACGAGGAGCACCAGCAGGCCGAGGUGGUCGCGGUCGAGGAGAAGCAGCAGGCCGAGGUGCUCGCGGACGAGGAGAAGCAGCAGGCCGAGGUGCUCGCGGAAGAGGGGCUGCAGCUGGCCGUGGAGGCGGUGAUGAUCAGGGAGAAGAUCAUGCCGAUGGACAUGAGCAUGCUGCAGUUGUGCCAUUAGGACGAUUGGUGAACACCCGUAGAGUUUAUAGUGACGACGACAAAAGGAAUUGAU